UCGGUGCCCCAGCCGCCGCUGCCGCCGCUGCCUGCAAUGGCGUUGAGGCGCGGCGGCGGUUGCUGCCUCCUGUCAGGCGGGCGGCGGCAACGGCCGUUCUCCACAGAGGCGCCGGGCCACCGCGGGCCGGAGGAGGAGCGGGGGCAGCGCUGAGGCAGGAGGCUGGGGGAGCCCGCCGCUGCUGUCGGCUAGGUUAAAUUACCCAUUGUUCUUGAGAGUCCUUGGUUGUGCUGCUUGGUCAGAAUUGACUGCAUGUGUUUGGAUAUUUGUCUCCAGAUCUUCUGUUGAGUAUGGCCCUGCCAAAGGGCAGUGCCCCCUGAGAAAAACACUCCUUAAGCAGAAUCUCAGCUGUGACAGACUGAGACUGAGAGUGGUACUGCAGAAACUAUGUAAGCUGUUUUUGCACUCCUGGAGUAAACAUGAUGAAAACAGAGUCUUCAGGAGAAAGAUCAACCCUCCGAAGUGCCUCUCCUCACAGAAAUGCUUACAGGACUGAGUUCCAGGCACUGAAAAGCACCUUUGACAAACCGAAAUCAGAUGGGGACCAAAAAACGAAAGAGGAAGGAGAGGCCUCGCAGAGCAGGGGAAGGAAAUAUGGCUCAAAUGUCAAUAGAAUUAAGAACUUGUUUAUGCAGAUGGGCAUGGAGCCCACUGAAAGUGCUGGAGUUACCCCUAAAACCAGGGGGAAGGGUGGCCCUUCAUCACCUCAAAGACGAAUUAGGCCCAAAGAAUUUGUAGAAAAAGCAGAUGGUUCAAUUGUAAAAUUGGAAUCAUCUGUCUCAGAAAGGAUUAGUAGAUUUGAUACUAUCCAUGAUGGCCCUUCCUAUUCCAAGUUUACUGAAACUCGGAAGAUGUUUGAGCGAAAUGCUCAUGAAAUGGGACGUUCCAAUCGCUAUUCCCCAAAGAAAGAGAAAGUCAUUUCCAAUGAGCUUCCAGAUGAGUGGUGCAGCUCUAAGUCUCACAGAGGCAGCACUGAUUCGCUGGACAGUCUUAGCCCAAGGACAGAGACUGUCUCUCCGACUGUGAGUCAGCUCAGUGCAGUUUUUGAAAACACUGACUCACACAACGUAAUCGUCGUAGAAAAAUCAGAAAACAAUGAAGAGUAUUCUGUAACUGGCCACUAUCCACUAAACCUCACAUCUGCUGUGACAAAUAUCACCUCCCCGGUUGCAAACCUUGAGGGUUUCAGUCCCUUGAAAGAUGCCAGCACGUGGUCUCCUCCAGCCAAACAGGGUACGGGCGUGAUGUCUGUUGAGAACUCUCAGCAGAACAGCACACCUUCAACGCCGAGACAGAAGAUGUCCACGGGCACUUUGGCAAGUUCAAAAGCAACUGAAGAAAUAAAGAAGAGUACAGAGGCAAGUGCUGAUUCUGUUGAGAACUCUGCAGCGAGUCAACAGGAUUUGGUCAAUGUGCUUGACAGCGAAAGAUCUGUGGACAGCUGUGCUAGGAGUAAGUCAAAAACAGACACAGAAUUUUCAUUGCAACAAAAGGAACGGUCAGAACACGCAGAGGGUAUCUUUGAUAGACCUGAAGCUGCAGAAUUGCCAAGAAAUGUAGCUUCAGGUGUUGAUUUUGCCACAGAUACUGUUUCAGAUGCUACCGAGUCCCAUUACGAUGAGGCGAGUGAAAAAGAAGUGCAUGAAGAUGUGAAUAAUUUUCAGAGUUCCCACGUGUACAUGCACUCUGACUACAAUGUGUAUCGGGUACGAUCGAGAUAUAAUUCUGACUGGGGAGAGACAGGUACAGAACAGGAUGAUCAGGAUGACAGUGAUGAAAAUAACUGUUAUGAACCUGAUAUGGAAUAUUCUGAAAUCAAUGGAUUGCCAGAUGAAGAUGAAAUCCCAGCCAACAGAAAAAUACAGUUUAGUCGUGCUCCAAUUAAGGUUUUCAAUACAUAUUCCAAUGAAGACUAUGACAGGAGAAAUGAUGAAGUUGACCCAGUGGCUGCAUCAGCUGAAUAUGAACUCGAGAAGCGUGUGGAAAAGCUGGAGCUCUUCCCAGUUGAACUAGAAAAAGAUGAAGAUGGACUUGGCAUAAGCAUCAUUGGAAUGGGAGUUGGAGCAGAUGCAGGCCUUGAAAAACUGGGAAUAUUUGUCAAAACAGUAACAGAAGGUGGGGCAGCAGAAAGAGAUGGCAGGAUCCAAGUGAAUGACCAAAUUGUGGAAGUUGAUGGCAUCAGUCUGGUUGGUGUUACGCAAAAUUUUGCUGCAACUGUUCUUAGAAACACCAAAGGGAAAGUCAGGUUUGUAAUUGGACGAGAAAAACCAGGACAAGUGAGUGAGGUUGCGCAGCUGAUCAGCCAAACCCUAGAACAAGAACGACGCCAGCGAGAGCUGCUGGAGCAACAUUACGCACAGUACGAUGCAGAUGAUGAUGAGACAGGGGAAUAUGCUACAGAUGAAGAAGAUGAAGACAUGGGACCUGUCCUUCCAGGAGGUGACAUGGCUAUUGAAGUGUUUGAUCUCCCUGAAAAUGAUGACAUGUUCUCCCCCAGUGAUGUGGACACCGGCAAGCUUGCUCACAAAUUCAAAGAGUUGCAAAUCAAACAUGCAGUUACAGAAGCUGAAAUUCAGAAGCUGAAGACGAAGCUGCAGGCUGCCGAGAAUGAGAAGGUGAGGUGGGAAUUGGAGAAGACCCAACUCCAGCAGAACAUUGAGGAGAAUAAGGAAAGGAUGAUGAAAUUAGAGAGUUAUUGGAUUGAGGCACAAACCCUGUGUCACACGGUGAAUGAGCACCUCAAGGAGACACAAAGCCAGUAUCAGGCUCUGGAGAAGAAAUAUAACAAGGCAAAGAAAUUAAUCAAGGAUUUUCAGCAAAAAGAACUUGAUUUCAUCAAACGCCAGGAAGCUGAACGAAAGAAAAUAGAAGAUUUGGAGAAAGCACACCUUGCAGAGGUUCAAGGGUUACAAGCUCGUAUACGAGACUUGGAAGCAGAAGUUUUCAGGCUAAUGAAGCAAAAUGGGAGCCAGGUUAACAAUAACAACAACAUUUUUGAAAGGCAGACAUCAUUUGGAGAAGUUUCGAGAGGAGAUCCAGUGGAAAAUCUAGAUACUAAGCAAGUGUCUUGCCUGGAUGGCUUAAGUCAAGAUUUCAAUGAAGCAGUGCCAGAAACAGAGAGAUUGGACUCCAAAGCUCUGAAGACUCGAGCUCAGCUUUCAGUGAAGAACAAGCGGCAGAGACCUUCUAGAACAAGGCUGUAUGAUAGCAUCAGUUCAACUGAUGGUGAGGACAGCCUAGAACGAAAGAAUUUCACGUUCAACGAUGAUUUCAGUCCCAGCAGCACAAGUUCAGCUGAUCUGAGCGGUUUAGGAGCAGAACCUAAAACCCCAGGUUUCUCGCACUCCUUAGCACUGUCAUCAGAUGAGAGCCUGGAUAUGAUUGAUGAUGAGAUCCUCGAUGAUGGACAGUCUCCCAAGCACAGUCAGUGUCAGAGUCGCGCUGUUCAGGAGUGGAGUGUGCAGCAGGUUUCCCACUGGUUAAUGAGCCUGAACCUUGAACAGUACGUUUCCGAAUUCAGUGCCCAAAACAUUAAUGGGGAACAUCUCCUUCAGCUGGAUGGGAGUAAGCUCAAGGCUCUUGGUAUGACAUCUUCCCAGGACAGAGCAAUCAUUAAAAAAAAGCUAAAGGAAAUGAAAGCAUCUUUGGAGAAAGCUCGCAAAGCUCAAGAGAAAAUGGAAAAGCAAAGGGAAAAACUUCGGAAGAAGGAACAAGAGCAACUGCAGAGGAAAUCGAAGAAAACAGACAAGUCUUCAUCAGAUGCAACAGAGGGCACUCAUGAGCAGUGAUGAGCAAAAGUGCUGCUGUGUUAGUAAAGUGGAGGCACUUCAAGGGAAGAAAAACUCAUGUCCACCCUGGUGCCCCUUCAGCUUUCUUGCAUUUAUUACACAAGAGUGUGUACAGAGAAAUGGGGCUAUACAUAGAAUGACUGGGGCAAUUUAUAUUGUGUAGUUUUCUUUUCCUGCAUAUCCAGUUCACGUUCGUUGUUGUUGCCAUGUGAAACAACCCCAGCCCCUCGGUUUGUUUUGUUGUUGUUGACAGCUGGCAGAUUUCAUAUUUGUGUGGCGGUGUUUCCUUCCAAACUACUCUUCUCUAUUGAGCUCUGUGUGUUUGGUCACUUCAGUAACCAGCAUGAUGCCGAGGAGCAUGGUCUACUGCUUCACCUCCUUCUUCUGAACAGGAUGACCAGUCAAAAUGAUUGGUGAACGUUUCUUCAGCUUGGUAAAAGGAGUUUGUGCUCUGUCCCAUAGGAGUUGACUUAACUUUCUAACUGGAAGUGCAGCUUCUUUAUGGUCUUUGGAUACUCAGUUCUGUCUACUGGAGUAAGUUGCAUCUGGCGUCAGUACCUUGAAGUGACGCUGCUCUGGAAACACAACUGUUCAGUGACUUUUUCUUAUACACUGGAGAUAAAGACAGGAGAGUCAGUAUUCCUCCUGGGUGAAAGACAGGAGGUGAAACUCUUUCUGUUAACUGUACAUUAGUUAAUUGAGGAAGGAGGCAACGCCUUAAAUGAUUAUGUGGGUUUACACAGAAAUCUGAGGAUAACAUUUAUCCUUCAGAUAUCUGAGCAAGGAUGAAUUUCUUACUAGAGCACAGCGUAUAUAGAUCUGUAUAAAUUUCAUUGUGCUCCCAGUGUGUAGGCAACUUUCUUAAUAGCACACUCUGCUUUCUUUUUCAUGUGUUUUGAACAGGAAACUGGGCUUGUGUUGGUUUGGGUUGGGUUUUGUUGUGUUUUGGUUUUUUUUUUUCCUUUCCCAAGAAAAACACCACAUCUUCAGAUUCAUUCUCCAGUAAGCAGUGGGAGAAUAAGCUUUGUGCUGUGCUGUUAUGAAGCUGUUGUUGGAAAUGCUCAUGAAACUCGAGUUUGCUGAAGAUUUUCGGUUUUACAGAAGUGCACUUUAAGAAGAGGAAGACGAGGGAUUCUGGUUAAAAAUAAAUUCAGUACAUUGCUGUUAAGAUCAAUGCUGCCAUGGAGGUGACAGUUACUAAAUCCAAAGCUGCCGUAUAUUAACUGUUUUGAUUGAUGUGUUUAAAGAAUAUCCCCACCAAAACCGGAAUUUUUGGGCAUAGGCUGCAGAAUGUUUUGAUGGCUUAGCAGUGGUCAUAUUACAUCCUUCAGAGAUAUCUGUUUUCCUGGUGUAUAAGGCCAUCGGCAAAGCCCACUGUGUGAUUUUGACUCUGACAGAAGCAGGAUACAGCAUACACUGCAUAGUGUUACUGCCUCUUAAAGAGCGCUAUUAAAAUAUUAAGUGUUUCUUCAAAAGAAUGGACAGACAACAGGCAAAUAUCCACAGUAUUAACUUACUGCUUUAUAGUCAAAGCUAACUACGUAGCAGCAUUCAGAGUUGAGAAACUCCCCUGUUGUGCAUCCUGGAAGUUGUACUCUUCAUCUGGUCAUGCCAACCCAUAAAUUGUUUAAGAUGUUGAUGCAAAGUUAGAAUCUUGAACUUAAUAAUUUGCCAGCCUAAAAAAAUGCAUAUACUGAAUUCUUUUGAAGAAAAUGUUGUUUAGUUUGGCUUGGCUUCUCUUCUGCUCUGUACUUUAUGGCAUUCAGAUUUGUGUCUGUAAAGUUCUCUGAAGCUCAGAUUUGAAGCAGUUGGGAUGCAUUGUUUAUAGUUACAUUUCUCUUUUGAUCCUGAUAAUGGUUUUGACAUGUAAAAUGAUCUGCAAACUGGAAGAGCCUCGUUCAUUCAAACUAAUACACAAUCAAUCUGCUUAGCAUUACCUUUAUUUUUCCUUCCUAAUCCAAUUUCUACAAGAUUCUGAUGUAUAUUUUAUUCAGAUCUAAAAAUGAAAUUGCCGUAAAAGACACUUCCUGGUAUUUCUAAAGGCUUGUGCUAUUUUUCUUGAGAUGAUAGACCACUGGCAAAAAAUACACCUGCUAACAUGAAUUCCACAUUGCGGUGAAUCUUUCUGCACUCUUUGUAGGAGAAAAGUUAUAAAAAUGUUUAACAACAUCAUAAAACUAGCAUUCUGUUAUAUUAGGAGGUUAUCAAUUUAUAUUUGAGUAAGAGAAGUUAUCUGGAAGAAACUGGAAAUUUAAUACUUUAAAUAUCAUGUUGAUAAAUGCAUUUGAUGAUUAUUUUCUGUUUAAAUUAUGUUUACAUUGUAGUCAUGUGUAAGUGGUUGUAUAUAGUAAUCUAAGGUGGUGUCCCUGUUCUGUGUUCUUUGUUUUCUUGGAAACUGGAGCAGACUGCUUGGCAUUAUACCUUGAGUUUUCAUUCUUGCUGCUUAGAACAGUGCCUAGUUAAUCUCUUCAUUAAUCAGAUUCCUGUUCUGCAGAACAACUAAUUCAACGUAAGUCCUUUAAGUAUUCAGGGGGGGUUUAUUGUUUUGUGGUAAUGUUAUUUUGUUAGACUAAAAAAAAAAAAUAGAAAAACAAAAGAAGCAAACAAACAAACCCCUAACUUAAACAUAAAAUGCAUUUUGAUCAACACAUGAAGACUAAGCAAACCAAGCAAUGUCAAGAGUUUCGCUCUUUUCUGUGAUAAAAGAGAUUUAUGUGGUUCCUUUUUAUUAAGUAUGGUAACCCAUUUUUGGGAUGUGCAGAAAUGUCACUGGGUAGCAGAUGUAAAGACUGGUGCAGUUGGAAACUGUUACUGUUCCAUAGGAUCUUGAAAGUCAUGUUGCAUUUUUCCCCCUUGUGUUGUGUAAUGACAUAUAUGAAACAGAAGAUGUGUCAUCAUUCUUAACUUAAACUUCCCGUAAACCAGUGCUAAGUCAGACUAAUGUGAGGUUUUAUGUAAUAAGAAGAAACAAAUAUUCCAUGCUAAAUGACUGGAAAGGGCUUCUCAUUUAGCUCACCCGCAGAUGUGUUGCCUGCUUUUGCAUAUUGAUUUGUGGAGCUGAAGCAAUGCUGAGUGCUGACCAUGGGAGGCCAGUUCUGUGAACACCAGUUCUGCUCAUUGCUGUGAUAUUGCUGGGUUGUGAAUAUAUCCAGCCUCUGAGAAGAUGAAGAAAGGAGAGGUAGCAAAAAUGGAGCUCUGAAAAAUACAAAAUAAAAGAUGCAACACUGCAGGUCACUUUAGUCCUAAAAAAAUGUAGUGUUUAUACUGGGAUUGUGGGAAGAGUGGUGACUCCUUGCUCUGUCCAAAUUGUUUUGCAGAGUCAUCUGUUGUGCCACAACUUUAGUCUGCUGUGGGGGUACCACAAGAAUCAAGUUUUUACUGGAAUUACUGAGUAGCUUUCCUCUGAAGCUUGCCCAUCCUCAGCUCCCAUCGACAUUCAGAGGUGCUUGACUCUGAGCAUCAGGGUUCCUUAUACUUCAUUGCUUCCAUCGAAGCCUCUUGUCCUCCUGAGCUGCUCCACCUUCACCCCCUGGCUCACAUGCUGACGAGUAAGAGGUUGAAAACGUUGUGCGAUUUUUAAAAAUUAAUUGUGUUCCACUUUUAAGUCAGAGAAAAAAAUUCCACUCUUGUCAAUAGUGCAGAAUCCAGUUCUACAGUAGGAAGGAAGAAGAUCGUAAUUUAGCUGGGUCUGGCCAAGAAGUACCAUUCCAGGUACCAUCACAACACUGCAAAUCAGAAGGAAAGGUUUGCACAGAUCCAGCUGUAGUUCAUUACAGAAUCUGCAGCGCAGUCUGUGCUGUUCCUCAGUGCAGAAAUUCAGAGGAAUUUUGCAAGAAUUAAGUCCUGUGUUGGUUUCUUAGACAAGUAUUUACAGAGAGAAAAUAUUGUCAAGGCAAAAGCAAAGCCUGAUCUUGCUCUUUUUAGGUGUGACUUUGUCCCCCGCAUUAUCAUCAAACUAAGUGAUGGAGGGACUGGACCCUUUUAAUAACGCCUCCCUCAUUCUGUACUCUCCCUCACUUGAAAACCUCAGGAAACCUAUGUCGUGGUCCAAAACACCGAAGAAACAGUGCACAUAAUUAAUUAAGUUGUAAAUCUUUAACAGUCAAAAUGGGCAGAGAUGGUUUGAGGUUAGUUUUGUUAAAUUAGUGAUUGAAAAUAAUGACACCAAAUAGUGUUUUUAGAAAUGUUUAAGUGAUUUGUGGUUUGAUUCCUCUUUAAAUAAAUACGUAUGAGUUUGUGCGUGCGCAUA